AUGGCACCACCGACUCAUUUCAAGCUCAACACCGGCGCCCAGAUCCCCGCCGUGGGACUCGGAACUUGGAGAUCUGAGCCGGGUCAAGUACGUCAGGCAGUCGCGUUUGCCCUCCAGAAUGGAUACAGGCAUAUUGAUGCAGCAUUGAUCUACGGAAACGAACACGAAGUCGGCCAGGGGAUCAAGGAUAGCGGUGUCCCUCGCGAAGAUAUCUUCAUCACCAGCAAGCUGUGGAAUACCCACCAGCCGAAUGUGGCGGAAGGUCUUCAGAAGACACUUGAUGCCCUAGGCACGGAUUACCUUGACCUCUAUCUCAUCCACUGGCCAGUUCGCCUUGUUCCUAACGAGUCGAGCGCACUCCUCCCAGUCAACCCCGACGGAACCCGAUCCGUCGACCGAUCCUGGGACCAGGGCGAGACCUGGCGCCAGAUGGAGGAGGUAUACAAGGCCGGCAAGGUAAAGGCAAUCGGGGUAGCCAACUGGUCGAUCCCUUAUCUAGAGGAUCUGAAAAGGAAGUGGACUGUGGUCCCUGCUGUCAACCAGGUUGAGCUGCACCCUUUCCUCCCCCAGCAUGCACUGAAGGAGUGGUGUGAUAAGCAUGGCAUUCUUCUUGAAGCAUAUUCGCCACUUGGUUCUGAGGGUGCUCCUCUCAUGACUGACCCUGCUAUCCAAGAGACUGCGAAGAAGAACGGCGUCUCGCCCGCCACGAUACUCAUCAGCUAUCACGUCAACAGGGGCGUCGUUGUCCUGCCCAAGUCUGUUACAGAGAACCGAAUACUGAGCAAUAGCCGGGUCAUCUCUCUCUCUGGUGACGAUAUGGAUGCCCUGAACAGACUGGCUGCACAGGGGAAGGCCAAGCGUGUCAAUACGCCUUUGUUUGGAUGGGAUCUCGGGUUUGAUGACUGGUACAAGCAGUGA